CGUGAAUGUAUGUUAAGUGUUUUGAUCGAGAAACAUCGUUCAUUAAUCAAAGAACAGUUUUCCAUUUCUUUCAAUAUACUACGUUGGUUUUGUCGGUGAUCUUAAAACGUGAGAAAAACGAGCCGGUUUCAGUUUUCUUUAAAUUCAAUCGAAUAUUGUAUACACUGGUGUAAGAAAGAAAAUGACAAUAGAUCCACAGUGUGAGACAAUAAAGCAUUGUCAGACAUCAAAAGCGAUUAAGUUGAAAAGCAUUUUCGAUUAUGUUUAUGUUUCACUUGCAAUAUUGUGCUUCGCAUCUAUUACCAUUGUCGCAAUCUUUGUGUGGAAUGUGCAUCAAUUUAAUGACUUGUCGGUUUUAAGAGAAAAUUUAAGAAAUGAUUUAGUUGUGAGCGAUAUUAAACAUAUAAUGCAGAUAGUCUUGAAGGAUAUGGCAAAGGAACAAACACCGAUGGACGAUUUAAGGAAAAGCAACUCCAAAGUACCCGUCAGUAGCCCGUUCGAAUAUGAAUUAAGAAUUGAAGAAGAUGAUUACCUGAGGCGUGAGAAACGUGCAGCAAGAAGCGCAGAUAGCAAAACAUAUGGAAAUGAAAACCAUGGCAAAUACGUAGAGUUUUUCAAUCCAAAGAUCAGGCGUGAAUUAGAAAAAAAAGACGAUGAAUUCAAAAAAACUCAUGGUUACAAAGGUGCUGCACCUGGAGGCGAUGAAUGGGUUUGGCUGACUAGUUACUGCAGAAUUCCGUAUGAAUCUAUAACUGGAUUCUGCAGUGCCACCAAAGAAUAUUGUCCAGCUGGACCUGCCGGCAUACCAGGACUGCCUGGACCAAAAGGCUAUCGUGGAGACAUUGGCAUGCCUGGUCCGCCGGGAAGGGUUGCAAGAGGUCCCAAAGGAAUGACAGGAAGUCCUGGAUUAGAUGGUCGCGAUGGCACACCCGGAGAGCCUGGCCUAGACGGAAUUCCAGGACGAGCUGGAAAGGAUGGAAAAGAUGGCCUUCCUGGAUUACCAGGCACAAAUGGCAUAAACGGUUUGGACGGAAAAGAUGGAAAGACUGGACCAGUCGGACCUCCAGGGCGACCAGGACCACCUGGAGAGAUGGGUAUUGCGGGACCGCGCGGGCCAUCCGGAGAUCCUGGAACAAAUGGUACUCCUGGACAGCCUGGUAUUAAGGCGUACAGUGUUAGAGUGAAUGGAUCUUUAUCAAAUGAGCUAUUAAUUCCACCAUCCAUAAUAGGUGCUCAUAACGAGGAAUUGAAACAUCCAAUUGUUGUGAAUGAAGGAGAUAAUCUACGGCUACGAUGUGCGGUGACAGGAACUCCUUUACCUAAGGUUGAAUGGCGCAUAAAAUCCGAAUCAAUAAAAACAAUCAAUUCUGGGGCAUGGCAAGCAUCAUCAAUCGGUGGCCAUACACUAAAUAUUACGAAAAUAAAUCGCGUUCAUAUGGGUAAAUAUCAUUGUAUAGCUGACAACGGAAUACCUCCGUCUGCCAGUACUACAUUCGAGGUUGAAGUACAUUUCGCACCACUGGUGUUCGUUCGAAACCAAUAUCUCUAUGUUGCUGAAGGUGGUUCAGUAUCGCUAGAAUGUGAGACUGAAGCAUUUCCUGAACCAGUUCAAUACUGGAAAAGAAAAGCAGAAAAUGUUGUUUUGGACUAUAGCAGCAAGUACAAAAUGGCAUCGUACCACAGUGGUUACAAAUCCAGAAUGCAACUGAACAUCACCAAUGUACAGAAGGACGAUUACGGUGAAUAUUUAUGCGUCAGCAAAAAUGAAGUUAACACUACAACGGCAAUAGUCUAUGUAAAUGACAAAAUGAAGCCGCCUAACAGAGGAGUGGACACAAAUGCAAUUGCCAUUUUCGGAACGCUACCACCAAAUCGUGAAUCGUAUGAAGACAUAUGCGGGCCACCGGUGAAAUGCACCGAUUGUCAAAUAUCCACCGCAGCUAACUGCAAAGAUACAAUUGCUACGUUGUACGAUCUGGUCGGAACGUUAGAAAUAAAGCACGCGGAGAAUCGUUCGUUUUCCUUAUUUCACUCUCGUAAAAUUGAUUGUGCUCUCAGCGCCGUUGGAAAGCCUGUCUAUCACCACGAAAAUAACAUAACAUUCGGCUCGUGGUUAAGGGAUCCACUGCCUAAGACCAGUGAAAUUGGCGAAAAAAUUUGGAUGACAAAUGAUUCGGACAUUUUGCAUAUCUACGAAUAUAAAAACAAACAGGCCCAUCAAAAUAACACCGUGUUAAAAAUGCAUACACUCGAUCCGCCAGGAUUUCGUGGAAACGCUCACGUCAUUUACAAUGGAUCGUUCUACUACCAAGAAAAUAAAAGCGACAAAAUCGUUCGAUACGAUUUGGAAUUUUCUAAGCAAAUUGAAACUAGAAGUUUAUAUAAGGCUGCAGCAUCAGGACGGAAUUUUCUCUAUACAACCAAGUAUAACUACAUGGAUUUCAAUGUUGAUGAAAACGGUUUAUGGGUGAUUUAUGCGACAGCUGAUUCCAAUUACACACACGUAGCCAAGUUGGAUCCAUUCACGUUGGAAGCCGAAUACAAUUGGAACAUAAGCAUAGAUCAUCAUAAGGUCGGUGAAAUGUUCAUAGUGUGCGGAGUUCUCUACGCAAUCGAUUCCGUUGUUGCAAGAAACACAAAUAUUCGUUUGGCACUGGAUCUGUACGAAAACAAGAUACUCACAGACGUAAAGAAUUUAAAGUUUACAAAUCCAUUCCGAAACACAACCACUGUCGGAUAUAAUCAUCGGAGCAAGGAAUUGUACACAUGGGAUAGCGGAAAUCAGCUAACGUAUCCGAUUCUUUCCAACGACAUUGGCUACAAUAAUUUAUCCAGCAAAUGGAGAGGCGGAACCGACUCUCAAAUAAAAACUGGUUAUACACGUUACCCUGCCAAGGCCGUUGAAAAAAAAUAAUAUUUCCUAUCUUAGAAUGUCGCAUUUUAGUUACGUAAAUGGAUGCAAU